UCUCCGUCUACCGAGCUGAGCGAGUCUCGAGACACACAAGACCGGCGAAGCCGUCAUCGCAAGUUCACUUCAGCCCCGGCCCGCGCAGACAGCUCGUAGCCGCACCUCCGUCAGCGUCUCAGCCUACAGCACCGACCCACCGUAGCUAGAGCCAUGGCAGCAGCUUUCGUCGGCAAGUGGAAGCUCUCCGAGAGCGAGAACUUCGACGAGUUCCUCAAGGCGCUCGGCGUUGGGCUGGCGUGGCGCAAGCUCGGCCAGACGUCCAAGCCCACGGUGGAGAUCAAGGUCGAGGGUGACGACUGGUCCAUCAAGACGCACACCAUGCUCAAGACGACCGAGCUCAAGUUCACGCUCGGCAAGGAGUUCGACGAGGACCGCAUGGAUGGCUCCAAGGUCAAGUCUAAGGUGACGCUGGAGGAUGGCAAGCUUGUUCAGAAGCAGUCCGGCGACAAGGAGGUGACCAUCGUCCGGGAGGUCAAGGACGGCCAGCUCCACGUGACGUGCUCCCUGGACGACAUCACCUCUCUCCGCAAGUACCUGAAGGAGUGAGCUCGGAUCUCCUCGAGACUUGGGCCGCCGGCCCGCGCGCGCUGGGGCGCGUGUGACGAACGAGGACGUCCUUGGCCCACGCUGUUCGUGUGCCGCAAAGACGGCGACGAGCUCUGUUGUUCCUAACUCUUCGCUCGCCCCGCCUCCCGGUGUUGUGUGGUCUGCUCGCGCGGUGUGCUUCCGCCGGCGACCAGGGUUCAUGCUGGGGUCGCCCCCCAACAACGAAGUCUCCUUGUCUUCGAGCUUUGGUGCGGCCUCAGCAGGCUGCCUGCGUCUCGCCGCGAAUUCCAAGUUGUGUUUUGUUUUUUUCUGCCCAAAGACAAUCCGUGUGCUGCUUUUCCCCGCCUUGGGUUUCCAUCUCCUCGUCUUGUGUUCCCUCCACCCCUGCGUAAAAGUUGAGUUAAAAGAUCCGCUUUUGUCGUCAGUCAGCGACAGUCGCGCGUGAAAGGCCCUAAAAGAAAGUGUUUUGAAAGUUUAAGUAGACCCCCCCCCCCCUUUUUUUUUGUUCUUCUGUCUCUUUGGGAAUUAGCCGUUAUUGUACCUUUUUGUUUACCCUUAGCGUCGGUCCACCGAGUGGAUUCUUGUUCGCGUUCCUAUUCAUUCCUUCCUUCCUCUUUGUACCCGAAGAGAUUUUUGUGCCGAGUUUUU